UCACCCAUACUCAGCUGACCUCUAAACUCUGACCGCGGCUCUGUCUCUGCACACACCGCUGUGAGCUAACGUUAGCAUCAUUGAGCUAAGGCAGGGAAAGUCAUCGUUAGCACAUGCUAAGACGCUAAUUUACUGCUGAAACCCGAGAGUAAAAACUUAAAACAUAAUAACAAGUGUUACUGUCUGGGAUUUUGAGUUAAUGUAACCUGCACCACCUUGCCUUUGCCCUGAGCCACAUAAGAGGCUAACAUGGCAGCCAAAGCAGGAGACAACCCUGACAGUCUCAUGACUCUGGCUACAGUCUACUGUUUGAGGAACCUCAGGAGGACCAUGUGCUAUCAAGGCUUCAGGAACAAGCUGUGCCUGCGCUCGGACAUUUUUCUUCCAAGUGAAAUAUGUGACAAAUUGGUCAACACAUAUAUGGAGUUGGUGCACACAGACAGCAACUUCGAACCGGAAGAAAGCUUCUUCCAGCUUUUCUCAGACCCUCGGAGCACCAGACUGACUAGGGUUCAGCUGAGAGAAGACUUUGUACGUGACAGAGAUCUAGAGUCUAUUAGGAAACAGGACCUGAUUGAGCUCCACCUCACCUACUGCAACAGCCUGUCAUCCCGCAGUUUGAAAGCUCUGACGAGCUUCCGUGACACCUUAGUGUCUCUUUGUCUUUACGGCUGCAACCACAUCUUCUACAGGAAGGGCGGCGCCCCGCUCGCCUGCAAAGAAGACUCAGAGGAGGAGGAGGAGGAGGAGAGUCCAGUUUCUCGGCACAUGUUGGAAACGCACUUUAACUUCCAGGGUUUCAACCGCCUCAGAUUGCUCAACCUGGGCGGCCUACCUGAUGAAAUGGACCCAGAGAAGCUGCUCAAACCCCUGAAGUCACUUGUUUCACUAGACCUGUCUAAUGUCCAGUUGUUGGGGACAACGUUUCUCACGCAGUGGAAAGAUAGACUGGCCUCUCUAGUUCUCUACAAUGUAGAUCUUUCCGACGAGUUGAUCACUACAGUACUGGAUCUUAGCAAUCUCAGGCAUCUUGACAUCUCCCGUGAGAGCAGACGGACCUCCAAGUUCAAAAUGACCAGGAAAAUCCUGACGGCAGUUGUCCAGCGCCUAGUCCACCUUGUGUCUCUGGACAUCUCAGGUCACGUAAUGCUGGACAACUGCACAGUGCCACACUUUGAAGAAGCCAUGGGACGACCAAGCGUCGAGCCGUGCAAGAGCAGCAUUUAUCCUCUGCAGGAGCUGAAGAGGCCUCUGCAGUUCCUGGGCUUGUAUGACACCACCCUGUGCAAUGUGACACACAUCCCCGCUUACAAGGUGACUGGCUCAAAGAACGAAGACCAGAUCCUCAAUGCUAUCGAGGCGUACACCGAGCUGCGCCCUGAACUCACUCACAGGGCCAUCAACCAGCUGUUUGACAUUGCAAGGAUACAACACUGCAGCCAGCUGCUCCGAGCUUUGCAGCUGGUCAUCGCAGCGUUAAAGUGCCAUAAAUACGAUAAGAGCAUCCAGGUGACAGGCAGUGCCGCUCUCUUCUACCUGACCAACACAGAGUACCGCAGUGACCAGAGUGUGCGGCUGCGUCGCGAGGUCAUUCAGGUGGUGCUGAAUGGAAUGGAACAGUAUCAGGAGGUCACGGUCCAGAGGAACUGCUGCUUGACUCUGUGCAACUUCAGUAUCCCUGAGGAGCUGGAGUUCCAGUACACCCGGGUCAACCAGCUGCUGCUGAAGAUCCUGGAGCCAGCAAGGCAGGACGAGUCCAUCCAGAGGAUCGCGGUCCACCUGUGCAACGCUCUGGUCUGUCAGGUGGACAACCAUCACAAGGAAGCUGUGGGAAAGAUGGGCUUUGUUAAGACGAUGUUGAAUCUGAUUCAGAAGAAGCUUCAGGACAGAAUGUGUGACCAGGUGAUGGAGUUCUCCUGGAGCGCUCUGUGGAACAUCACAGAUGAGACAUCAGACAACUGUCAGAUGUUCCUCAACUGUCGUGGGAUGAGUCUCUUCCUGGAAUGCCUGAAGGAGUUUCCAGAUAAGCAGGAGCUUCACCGCAACAUGCUGGGGCUUCUGGGAAACGUAGCUGAGGUCAAGGCUCUGAGGCCGCAGCUGCUCACUCCACAGUUCAUCAGUGUGUUCAGUAACCUGCUGGACAGCAAAGCAGACGGGAUCGAGGUGUCAUAUAAUGCCUGCGGCGUACUCUCCCACAUCAUGUUCGACGGGCCCGAUGUUUGGUUAAUGGAGGAGCCGCGGAGGGAAGCAGUGAUGGGCAAGAUGUGGGCCGCCAUUCAGAGCUGGGACGUCAGCUCACAACGCAACAUCAACUACAGGUCGUUUGAGCCCAUUCUACGUCUCCUGCCUCAGAGUCUUUCGCCUGUCAGCCAGCAUUGGGCCACGUGGGCGCUGUACAACCUGGUGUCAGUGUAUCCAAGGAAAUAUUGUCCCCUGUUGAUAAAAGAAGGAGGAAUGAGUCUCCUACUAAAUGUUCUGGACCAGGAGGGCUCCCAGCCCAAGACCAAGGAAAUGGCCAGGAAAGUGAUAGAUCUGUGUGAAAACUUCAAAGAAGACCCGAUGGAAACCAACCAGGGUCAGGAGGGAAACUACGGACAGAGAGGAUGAAACCGCAGGACCUGUGACUCCUGACACAUAAAAAGCAACCCAGUUUAGGCUCCGCCCACUGUCAUCACUUCCAGGGUCACUCAUGUGCUGCUGCCUUCUUCUUUUGCUUUAUCUUCAUCUUUCACCCAUCCUCAUCCUUCUUAUCCUGCUUCUACUUUUUUUUUUUUUCUUCUUCUCCUUCUCCUCCUUCUUCUCAUCCUUCUACGUCAUCUUGUGGUUGGCGCUUAUCUUUCUUAUCCUCCUCCAUCAUCCUCUUCCUCAUUCUUCAUAUUCUGCUCCUGCUUCUUCUUAACUCUGUAGAGCAGACCUGUCUGACCCUCUGUGACAUGGAGGACGUUGUGCGAGGUGUUCAAUUUUUGAGGGACUUUUGCUGCACAUUAGCAUCUCUUCUGACAGGUGUGUGUGUGUGUGGGAGGGAGUGGGUUCUGUGUGUGUGUGUUUGCGUGUGUGUGUGUGUAAGGGGUGACCCUUGACAACAGCUCACUGCGUCC